GACAUUAUAAGUUAAAGCUUACUUUUUUAAGGUUGUUAAGCUAACCUUGUUUCUGGGUUUGUUUAUAUAAGUUGUGGGUCUUGAUAAAAAUGUAUACUUUAUGAUUAAUAUUUUUUUUUUUGGGUUGUUAAGUGUGUGAUUUUGGUUAAAAUCUUGAAAAUAUGGGGUCUGUUGGAAAUGGGCCUUUUUGUGUAGGGGAGUUUUAUUUGGAAACUAAAUGGUUGAUUGAUCCUAAGCAUUUAUUUGUUGGUCCAAAGAUUGGUGAAGGUGCACAUGCCAAAGUAUACGAGGGCAAAUAUAAAAACAAGAUUGUUGCCAUUAAAAUUGUGAAUAAAGGCGAUACGCCAGAGGAGAUAGCGAAGAUAGAAGGCCGUUUUGUGCGAGAAACUGCAAUGUUGUCAAAAGUGCAACACAAAAAUUUAGUAAAGUUCAUUGGAGCAUGCAAGGAACCAGUGAUGGUCAUAGUGACUGAGCUUCUUACUGGUGGGACUUUAAGGAAAUACUUGUUACAUACGCGCCCAAACAGAUUGGAUACAUGUGUUGCGAUAAGUUUUGCACUCGAUAUCGCUCGUGCAAUGGAAUGUUUACACUCACACGGGAUCAUUCACCGCGACUUAAAACCAGAAAAUUUGCUGCUUACAGCUGAUCAUAAAUCCAUUAAACUUGCUGAUUUUGGUUUGGCACGGGAAGAAUCGUUGACUGAGAUGAUGACUGCAGAAACUGGAACCUAUCGCUGGAUGGCUCCAGAGCUUUACAGCACGGUAACCCUGAGGCAAGGAGAAAAGAAGCAUUAUAACCACAAAGUAGACGCCUACAGCUUUGCAAUUGUGUUGUGGGAGCUCAUACACAAUAAAUUACCAUUUGAGGGCAUGUCAAAUCUACAGGCUGCCUAUGCAGCUGCUUUCAAGAAUGUGAGACCGAACGCUGAUGAACUCCCUGAGGAUUUGGCUCUAAUUGUGACAUCAUGUUGGAAAGAGGAUCCAAAUGCUCGCCCAAACUUCACUCAGAUAAUACAAAUGCUUCUUCAUUAUCUAUCAAACAAUGCACCACCUGAACCCGCAGCUAUCCCACCUCGGAUUUUCACUUCCCAAAAUGCUGCAUAUUUACCAGAGUCUCCUGGUACAAGCACACUAAUUGGGAAAAGAGAUGAAUCUAUUGAAAUGCCGAAAAAUCCCCAGGAAAACAGCCCAAGAGGCCUGUUCUCCUGCUUUUUUCGGUGUUUUUGACUGUAUUCCUCAAAAUGAAGUCUUGAAUACUUACAUCUUAUAUACAGUAAUAGUAGUGAAGAAAAGAGAAAACAUUAGUUGGGUUGUUUAUAGGUGUUUUCUGUUAACUCUCAAUGUCGAAGUAUGAAGUUGUAUAAUAAGUAUGCAAUCGCUUAGAUGAGAAAGGGGUAGUAGGGAGUUGCUGUGAUGUUGUAGUUGUAAAACAUAAGGUGCAUCCAAAAGCCCUUUAUUAUUCCCCCCAAGUUACUAUUAUCAAUGUACCAAUUUUUUUAUACCUU